AUGAGGGAUGACCCAAUACCAGGAGCUGGCAAAAUUGCCGCUAAUUCGAAAGAGCGCUUUCCUCGUGCUUGGUUUGCUCUAGCUGUAAAUGAAAAGCACAAACGCAUGGCCAGUAGAAGCACGACAAGCGAAUCCGUACGGUUUCAGGAUAAAGAGUUGGCAUUCCAUGCAGUGGGGGGCUAA